AUGGACGAUUCCCUCAUGCAAUGGCACCUGGCUCAGGCGUGGGACCAGAUCCUAGAAUCUCAGCAGCAGAUCCAAGAGCGGUGGCACAGGCGGGUGAUGCUUGAGGAGGGCAAUGAGAGGACACGCCAGUUAGCAUUGGCAGCUUCGAAGUUACAGGAAUCAAAGGAGCGGGAGGAUUCAGUGACCAAGCUACCACUGGACCAGCUUUUGGAUGAUUUCAAUGCGAUCAACUCCCACGACAUUCUACUUGAUUCUACCACGCUCGGAGACGAAACGUCAGAACUUCUCUACGAAUGGUUCCGUUCCAAUCAGCAAUACCAAGACUUCAUCAGGGGCGAUUCCCGAGUGCUGUGUGUCAGCGGGAGCCCAGGGAGUGGGAAGAGGACACUCCUGCUGUCAGUUGCUCGAGGACUUUCCGCAAGGCCAGUCAAUUAUCUGUUAGACUCGGUCUGUGCCAGUGGAAACCAUAUGCCCCAGGGCGCAACUUCAGUGCUCAAGAGCCUAAUCUUUCGUCUCCUGGUUACUCAGCCUCAUUUGCGCAAACACCUCACCGAAAAACGCAUCUCCACGAAUAGGAAGCAGUUUUCGGAUCCUAAUGACUUUUACGGGCUGUCCCUUCUCCUCUACGAUAUGAUACGAGACGAGUCGCUCCGACGGACUACGUUUAUCGUCAACGGAAUCGACGAAUGUGGCGACGACGGGUUAGACAAGUUCGCAACAUUGAUUUCGACGACCUUAAAAUUAUCGUCAGAUGUCAGGUGGCUGGUAUCAGCUACUUCCAAUGAGUCUGCUAUCAAACCAGCGUUGGAGUAUGCGUCGCAGUUCAAUCUUGAUGCAGAAGACAACCACGCAGCGCUACGCAAGAUUUUUGACGAGGCCUAUAUUCCGUGGAAAGUGAGCCAACUUACAGGCAUCAAACGCUACAAACAGAGUUUCAAGGAUGAUCUUAUUCGGGGGCUUCGGGAACGAUGCCCGACGAAUUUCCUGUGGGCCGACAUCGCAUGCGAAGCCAUCCGGCGAGGCCACCUUUCUCAUGGUCAAGAAACCAUUAACGCACUACCACAAUAUGAACUCUUCAACAUUGAGCCAAUGUACACUCAUAUAAUUAAUCAGCUGGAAAAGCUAAAGCCAUCACAACAGGAACACGACCUUCGAGUACUCCCAGCGUUGGCUGUCGUGUACGAACCACAGCAUGCGGAGGACUUGGAGCAGAUCGUAGACCCCUCACCAAACUUUGACAUUGCCGGGUUCGUAAAGGAAAGGUGGUUUGCCUUUCUGGAGCUGUGCGACAAGACAAUAUACUUUAGGCAUGCUUCAGCCAGAGAGUACAUACGACGGGUGAUGGCGAGUGAACUACAUGGUGCUCACGCCAGGAUCGUCGAGAACUGCCUCAAGCUCCUCUCGAAGGUACUGGAGGCCAGUGCUUCCGGAAGUGACCUGCCCCAAAAAGUCCUAGGCUUCGCAGAUUACGCUGCUGUCUACUGGAUUCGGCACUUCAGCGACAUGAACGAUUUUGGGAUGGUGGAGGAUAUCGUGACCGAGUUCCUUGGCAGUUCCGUCAUGCUCAAAUGGGUAGAUCUCUUGUCUUCGAGGGGCAAACUCCCUCAAGCAUGGGGUUUAAUGAAGGACCUUAGGAUGAAAAUUUUUAAUAACCAGACGGGCCAUGGCAAAAGCCUUCUGCCACUGAUCUACGACAUAGAGCGGUUUCUUCAGUUUCAUCGCUUCCUAAUCAGCGAGGAGACCGAUCGGGCCAGCAAAUCACUGCUUUUCUCGCCCAUUCAGAGUGAGGCGGGGAGAAAACUAAUCUCUGACGAGUUUCCUCAACUGGCUGUCUUUCCAGGAACGAGCUGGAAAAGUCCUGUUGUCCUCGUCCUGCAAGGACAUGCCAGGGCCGUUGGCGGCUGUGCGUACUCUCAUGAUGGCAAACUCUUGGUCUCGGCAUCUUUCGACGGCUCGGUUCGCAUCUGGGACAUGGUAACGGGGAGGGUGCAGCACUCGUUUCGAGGUUUCAAAGGGGCGGUGAGGCACGUUGACCUUUCUGCCAGUGGUUUGCUUGCGGCCUCAGAUGGAUACGGGAUCAAAGUUUGGGAUCUAGCCAACGGCACGCCGCACCAGCCCCCGAGUGAUGGAAGUUUGUUCAAUGACGACGGGCUUAUUCAUAGUCUCGCUUUAUCGAACGACGGAACUUUACUUGCUGCGACGAUGGGGAGUUUCAUCAAUGUCUGGAAGCUUCCUUGUUAUACACUGAUCGCUCGACAAGUUUCUUGUGACAAGGGGUGUUAUGCUGACCCGCCUGACACUUGUGAUGGGAGCAUUCUUCCACACUCACCAGUGAGAGAUAUGAAGUUCUCUAGUGAUGGAAAGUGGCUUGGGACGGUGUCUAGGAUUGGACUCACUGUCUGGGAACUAGUCAACGAAGGACAAAGGAGGACCAUGGCAGCCAUGGACCCAAGCACACAAGUUACGCAGUCAGAAGGUCAUGUACACGAGCAGGAGACUACUGAGACGACGGCCGCAGCUACAGGCGAUGUAGAACAUGGUGCUGAACAUGUAUCAGCAAGCGAAGCAGAACUGGAGACAACAAUCGAAGCAGACCUAGAGACAACCAAAAGCACCCACACUUUACAACAAUUGUACUGCUUCGACAUGGAUCCCGACGAUGAUGGUUGGACUAAUGUGCUUGCCUUUUCUCCUGACUCGAGAUAUGUGGCUCUGGGGAUGGACGGGAAAAAACCCACAGUACGAAUAUGGGACCUAACGUCAAGCGCGGAAACUCUGCGCAUGCCAGCCAUCCUGAUGGGGCAUAGGGGCCCUGUUGAUGCCAUCUGCUUUUCUGCUGACGGCUCCCGUCUCGCGUCAGGGUCAAAAGACGGGGCGGCCAUGAUCUGGAAGGCGCCCUGGAAUCGUGAUUCCAAAGAGCCCGAAAUGGUAUUACAAGCCCACGGCCGGAACAUAAAAGGGUUGUCAUUUCGGCCGGACCAAAAACACCUCGCUGUCUGCCUGGAUGACGGCACUAUUCGUAUCUGGGACCACGGCUCUCAAUUUGCCCAAACGUUGUCUGAACUUGAGACCACCAAUGAAGCGGACAACCGGUUAGAGCAGGGAAUCUCGCCGCACACGUCUGCCGUCAUCUUCGUAACAUCUUCGAAAGAUGGACAAUAUGUCGCAUCUGCAUCCCUGGACGGCUCGAUCUGCCUCUGGGAAGCGAAGUCGGGUACUCUCCUGCGUACCCUCCCAGGACACGACGAGCCCGUCACAUCGCUUGUGUUCUCUCAUGAUGCUGAACAGCUCAUUUCGGCAUCAAAAGACAAGACAGCUCGCAUUUGGGAAAUAUCUGGGACUAGUGAGCCUCGCACACUCUAUGGGCAUGACAAGGGGGUUCGUUCCAUUGCCAUCUCGGAUGACGGAAAAUUGAUUGCGUCGGGGUCUGACGACGAAACAGUACGGGUUUGGGACAUCUCCCGGCCAGAAUUGGAAGUCGACCAAGGGGCCUCUGAUAACACUGAUCCCGCAAAUAACGGUAAUAAUCACAAAAAUGCAUUAGCAGACGUGGAUGGUGUAAGAGUGCUGCGGGGUUCCCAUCACUCCAUUGCUUGUGUUGCAUUUUCUCGGGAUGCAAAACUUGUUGCAGCCGGUAGUGAUCUUGGUAAAGUCCUACUCUGGGAACUUUCAAUGGAUGAACCGAGCGCUUCGCACACACACAGGGAGAUGUUCACCGGCCCUGGACAUGGCGCCAUCACAGCAGUGUCGUUUGGUCCCGGUCUCAACAGCCUGAUAGCAUGCUCUGAUGAGGAGAUGUGGGAAUGGGACCCAAAUCAUGUCCACGGGAAGGGUGAACCUUGUGAACGCCUUGAAAAAUUGGACACCGGCUAUAAUGAUGAGGAUGAUCUCUGUGGGUACUCGAAACACGCGGCCACGAGUGCGCCAUUCCGUACUCUACAAGUCAGCGAUACGCAACCCGACUACGUAAUGACGGCCUUGGGACCAGUUCGUCUGUCGAAGCUGGAUUCUUGUUCUGCAGGGCCCGAAUCCACGAGCUGGUGUCCAUAUAGCGCUACUCUUGUCUCCUCUGAGGACGGGCCAAAAGAAUGCUGGAUUACUCGGAAAGAGGAGAGCCUGAUCUGCUUACCAGGGCCGUAUAGACCCAGUAACGAAGGUGAACAUCUUACUAAGAACAUGAUCUCGCGUCUACUUCGCCAUAGCAGCCCAGUACUGGUCCUCGGGCACACAGUAGUAAUUGGGUGUGGUACGGGUGAUGUUUUGUUUUUCAGGUUCAAGGAGGACUACCAAUCUGCGACUAAGUGGCCGAUGAAGUGGGCGAAGAGUCUAGGACACUUAUUCGCAGAUUGGUAG